CCGGAGUUCCCUACGCCUGCCCGAGAUAAAUUGUCUCGUCUUCUGGACUCGUGUUGCGUUGGCCACGCCCACCCAGAAAUCUCGAAUCGCCAGUCCUAUUCAUAAAAGGCUCAAGCUGUCGGCGAUUCAUACACCGCGAAGCCUUCUUCUUUCCUGGCGCACGGCGCGUGACAAUCCUAACAAGAACCGCCAUCAUACCGUACUUGCAAUGAUGUGACGCUUGGUCACGUGACAAGUUUUCCCACAUGUCAGCAAGUCCUUGAAGGCAGCUGCGAGAAGCCACCGGAAAUGACAAGUUCCACUGGCGCCAACGCCGUUCGAGUCGCUUGUGCGCGCACACACUCACUAAAGUCCCAACUUGAGCUGGCGUUGCGCAUUCAUGCCGGCCGGCCGACCGACGAACCGACGGACGGACGCGUCAAGCGAGGAAAAGAGACGCGACCAAUUGAAAGACGACGAGAUUCGUCGUCUCGCCGCUUUUCACCCAAGAUUUGCAUCCACUCGACGAGCUUUCGGGAUCUGACGUCGCGCGCGGGGGGGGUCACGUCGACUCCGCGGACUUCCCGAUGAGCGACGGCGAGGAUGAGGCCUCCUUCCUGCGCCUGCCCGGCCCCGCCUUCUCUCAGCACUCCCUGCCGGGCGCCGAGCUGAGCCGAUCCAACGCGGCCGGGCAGCGCCGGCAGCUGCUGCUCAUCCAGAUGCUGCAAGACAAACUGUGCGACCUUCAGGCUCGCCUGGACCGAGGCAGCGACGACGACGACGACGAUGACGCCUCCGGUGGCGCGGACAAAGAGCGGCCCGGCACGCCGUCGCCCUCGCCGCCACGCCGGCCGGCCAAUCUCGCGAUAAAGGCCGGGGAGGCGACGGCCAAAGCGGCCGCUCCGGACUCGAUGACGUGCGCCUGCGCGCGGGCGGAGGGACCGGAGAAGAACCCGUCGCAGCAACCGGGGGCGACGGACUUGGAGAAGCAUCUGGAGCUUCUGGAGCUGGAGAACAAGAGUCUGAAGCGACAGCUGGCCGCCGGCGGGGCUUCCGAGGGCGCCCGCUCUCAGGAGGCGGAGCCGGUCGGCCGGGAGAGGCCCGGCCGGCGGCGAGACAAUCGGCUCGCGGAUACGGGGAAGCCGGCGGCGGACAAAAGCGCCCCGGCGGACGCCUGGCGCCGAAGACAGGACCUGAUCGACCCCCCGUCGGACCCGUCCGCACCUCAUCCGGGACUUUCGGACCGCGACCUCUGGGACCUCUGGGACCUCGCGCGCCGUGAAGCGCCGUCGCAGACGGCAGAGGAGGCGGAGUCGGGCGACCGGCUUCGCGCGCAAAACGCUUUGCUCCGAGAGCAAGUUUGCGCGCAGCGCCGCACGCUGAGAGAGCUGGAGACGCAACUGCAGCAGUCGCAGAGGACGUGCGCUCAACUCAGGACGCAGGUGGCGCUGUACGACGGCGAGGUGGCCCGCGCUCGCCGGCAGCUGGACGGCGAGUUGCUGCUGCUGAAGGAGGAGAAGGAGCGCGUCGUCCACGAGGCCUUUGUCAGGGCCGAGAGCCAAAUGAAGGCCGUGCACGACAACCUGGCAGGCGUGCGCAGCAAGCUGGCGGGUCUUCAUCCCGCCCUGAGGACGCUCACCGCCGACUACAACUCGCUGAAGAAGCAAGUGCACCACUUCCCCGCCAUGCUGCGCGACGCCAUUGACGACGCCAAGCGCGAGAUCUGCCGGGCCAUCGGCGACGUGAGCGUGACCAACCAGAAGCUGGUGGACAAAUAUAAACGCGAGAUGAACCUGAGGAAGAAGAUCCACAACCAGCUGGUCCAGCUCAAAGGAAACAUCCGGGUGUUGUGCCGCGUUCGUCCCGUCGCCGGCGGCGAGGAGGCGGAGGGCGUGUUGACCUUCGACCCGGACGACGACGGCGUCCUGCACCUCAGCGACAAGGGCAAGGUGACGACCUUUGACCUGGACAAAGUCUUUCGGCCCGAGGCCACGCAGGAAGAGGUGUUCUCGGAGGUGGAGGCGCUGGUCACGUCGUGCGUGGACGGCUUCCACGUUUGCAUCUUCGCCUACGGGCAGACGGGCUCGGGGAAGACCUACACCAUGGAGGGCGUUGCGUCGGACCCGGGCCUGAACCAGCGAGCGCUGCGUCUGCUUUUCUCGCGAGUGGCCGACAAAAGCCCCGAGUGGGAAUUCCACAUCUGCGUCAGCAUGCUGGAGAUUUACAACGAGACGCUGAGGGACCUUCUCGGCGACCAGCCGGCGGCGGACAAACUGGACAUCAAGAUGAAUCCCGACGGCAGCGGCCAACUGUACGUUCCCGGACUGACGCGCGUGGCCGUGCGCACCAUUGAUGACGUCAACCAGGUUCUGGAGGCGGGCCGAGCCAGCCGAGCCACGGCGUGCACCGACCUGAACCGGCGCAGUUCUCGCUCCCACGCUCUGCUCAUGGUCAGCGUGGCGGGCCUCAACGGCACCACGGGGAGUCGCACGCAAGGUAAGCUGAACCUGGUGGACCUCGCCGGCUCGGAGCGGGUGGGCCGAUCGGGCGCCGAGGGCGGGCGUCUGCGCGAGGCUCGCCACAUCAACAAGUCUCUGUCGGCGCUGGGCGACGUGAUGGACGCGCUGCGCCGCAAGCGCCCCCACGUCCCCUUCAGGAACUCGCGGCUCACCUUUCUGCUGCAGGACAGCCUGCAGGGGGACGGCAAGACGCUCAUGAUGGUGCAGGUGUCUCCGGUCCCGGCCGACGCCGGCGAGUCGCUGUGCUCGCUGAAGUUCGCCCAGCGCGUUCGCAGCGUGGAGCUCAACGCCUCCAAGCGGCCGGACAGCCGCUCGGCUUCGUCCUCGCCCACGCCCCAAAGCCUCGAGAUGGACUCGCCCCCCCUGACCCCGGGGCCCCUCCCCUUAUCUCGUAGCAGCAGUGCUGGCUCCUCCCUAAACUCCGCCUCGAGAACGCCCGGCCCCUCUCGACGGAAAUCCAACUCGCAACUUUCCACGGGAAGACUGAAGAUGGCGGCGUGAAAGACCCGUUUGGUCGACAGUCGUCUUUUUGAUUUCUUUUGCACUUUGGACCAUUUGAAGAAUCGCUGGUCUUGCUCUGGAUUUUGGACUUUGACAUUUUCAUCCAAUGAGGACCCUCCUGUCGGCGUGCGACCAUAUUUGGGCUUCCUCUGGUGUGUGACAACAUAGAAAGUCUGUUGAUGGCUUUGUCUUUUUUAUUAGCUUUUUAAUAAAGGCGGAAACUCGAAA